ACGAGUGGCGUCGUCAAACCGCGCCGGAGAAGCACCAGUAGGAUCCCAGCAGGAGGUAGAGCCGAAGCAGCAACUCGCCCCAUGCGAGGGGCAGGGCGCAGGCGCAGGCGCAGCCAGCGAGCAGGCGCGAGGCGGGGCUUGGGCAGCGCUUAUCCAGUCAGGGAGGGGUAUAGGGCCGCCCGCCCUUCAAUGGGCAGAACCCUGAGCUGUUGGGCCAAUGGGAGGAGACCCCGCGGGGCAGGCUGGGAUGAUGGAGAAUUUCUCGGCGCUCUUCGGCGGAGCUGAGCCCCAGCCUCCUGCCACGGCCGCUGCGCUGGGCUUCGGGCCGGGGAAGCCGGCAGGGCCCGGGAGUGCGCCUCCCCCAGCCGCCGCGGCGCCACAAGGCGGAGAAGACCCAUCCCGCAAGACCGUGGCCUCCAGCGGCCCCUUCUAUCUGAUGCGCGAGCUCCCAGGUAACACGGAGCUGACGGGCAGCACCAACCUGAUCACGCACUACAACCUGGAGCAUGCCUACAACAAGUUCUGUGGCAAGAAGGUGAAGGAGAAGCUGAGCAACUUCCUGCCCGACCUGCCGGGGAUGAUCGAUCUGCCCGGCUCGCACGACAACAGCAGCCUGCGCUCCCUCAUCGAGAAGCCGCCCAUCUGCAGCAGCUCCUUCACCCCCCUCACCGGCACCAUGCUCACGGGCUUCCGCCUGCACGCCGGCCCGUUGCCAGAGCAGUGCCGCCUGAUGCACAUCCAGCCACCCAAGAAGAAAAACAAACACAAACACAAGCAAAGCCGCACUCAGGAUCCUGUGCCCCCAGAAACCCCUUCAGACUCUGACCACAAGAAGAAGAAGAAGAAAAAGGAGGAGGAUCCAGAGCGGAAGAGGAAGAAGAAAGAGAAGAAGAAAAAAAAGAACCGGCACAGCCCAGAGCACCCAGGAGUGGGGAGCUCGCAAGCCAGCAGCAGCAGCAGCCUCCGGUGAGGGCAGGCACGACUCCGGUGCUAAAGUGGCUCUGGGAAGAUGCCUGAUGCAGAUGUGGGUGACUGGGAGAACAGCCCUGGAGGCAACACUGACUGAACUCUUCUCCCAAAGUGGCUUGUUGGGGGGCACUUGGGCUGCCCUGGCUGGGGGCACAGACUGUCCAGACACAAGCCUGCUGGGAGCACGGACUGAAAUGGAGAUGGUACACAAGCUGCUGCCCUGACCCAGAGCCAGGCCCAACUUUUUCCUUUUUUAUUAAAUACUCCUGACUGAGUCAGGUGCUUUCUCCUUUUUAUUCAUGUUUUAAUUAAAUCUCUGCUUGGAAGAGG